CCGACUUGCAAGCUAGCAUUUUACCUCUUAUGAUAUUUUUAACUGUUUAACAAUAGAUUUUCCCUGACUCUGUUUACGAAACUCUUACUGAGAUGGAUAGAUGAUUAAAUAAGUGUAUUAAGAAAGAAACAAAACUGCUUCCAGGACCCUGUUCUCGGUGACAAAAUGAGCGAUGUUGUGGAGAAAACCCUGACAGCUCUGCCGGGUCUGCUGUCUCUAGACUCCCAGCCUGGAUCCAAUAAACUGUCCUCCAGCUCGAAGCUAGGAAACCUCAUCAGAGGGGUCACCGAGCUGACCUCCAAACAUGAGGAGGAAAAACUGAUUCAACGUGAGCUAACAUCCAUCAAAGAACAGGUUUCCUCCCCCAACACAUCCAUGAGGCAGAUGAAGGAGCUCAUGGUGAGAGCGAUCUACUGUGAAAUGCUCGGCUAUGAGGCUUCAUUCAGCUAUAUUCAUGCCAUCAAACUGGCUCAACAAGGCACCGCUCUGGAGAAAAGAGUCGGUUAUCUCGCUGUGUCUUUGUUCCUGAAUGAAAGUCAUGAGCUGCUUCUUCUUCUUGUGAACACUGUAUUAAAGGAUCUUCAGAGCACAAACCUCAUUGAGGUGUGCAUGGCUCUAACUGUUGUCAGCCAGAUGUUUCCCAAAGAUAUGAUUCCUGCAAUCCUUCCUCUGGUGGAGGAGAAACUAAACCACCCAAAGGAAAUCAUUCGAAGAAAAGCAGUCCUGGCACUGUAUAAAUUCUACCUAAUAGCACCGAAUCAAGUUCAACACAUCCACAACAAGUUUCGCAAAGCUCUGUGUGACAAGGACCCCGGCGUCAUGACGGCUUCACUACACAUCUACUUACAGCUGAUCGAGGAGAAUCCAGAAGGUUAUAAGGACCUGACGACAAGUUUUGUCACCAUACUGAAGCAAGUGGUGGGAGGAAAACUGCCCAUGGAUUUCAACUAUCACAGUGUUCCUGCUCCAUGGCUGCAAAUUCAGCUCCUCAGAAUACUGUGCUUACUUGGGAAGAAUGACCAGAGUACAAGUGAGAUCAUGUAUGAAGUCCUCGACGAGUCCUUACGAAGAGCAGAGAUUAAUCAUAACAUCACCUAUGCAAUAUUAUUUGAGUGUGUAAAAUGUAUUUACACAAUUCAUCCCAAAUCGGAACUUUUGGAAAAAGCUGCAAAGUGCAUUGGCAACUUUGUUCUGUCAUCGAAGAUUAACCUCAAAUAUCUCGGCUUGAAGGCCCUCACCUACGUGGUCCAGCAGGAUCCCAAACUGGCCCUGCAGCAUCAGAUGACCAUCAUCGAGUGUCUCGAUCACCCCGACCUCAUCAUCAAGCGUGAGACUCUGGAGUUACUCUUUCGGAUCACCAAUGCCCAGAAUGUCACAGUCAUCGUGGAUAAGAUGCUGGAGUUUCUGCGCAUCAACAAAGAUGACUACACCACCAUUGACCUGGUGGGGAAGGUGGCAGAACUGGCGGAAAAAUAUGCACCGGACAAUGAGUGGUUCAUUGAGACCAUGAGCACGGUGUUUUCAGUGGGAGGAGACACGAUGCAGCCGGACAUCCCCAACAGUUUCCUGAAACUCCUGUCUGAGGGGUUUGACAGCGUGGAGGAAGACAGGAAGUUGAGGCUGUUUGCUGUGGAUUCGUAUGUUUCUCUGCUGCAAGGAGAGCCUGGCAAACUGCCUCAGCGCUUCCUCCAAGUCAUCAGCUGGGUCCUUGGGGAAUACUCCUGUUUGAGAGCGGACCUUGAAGUGGACACAGUCCUGAGGCUGCUGGCCAAGCUGUUGGACAUGAAGACCACCAGCAGUGAGACUAAGAGCUGGGUCCUCAUGGCCAUGACUAAGCUCUGUGAGGGAGGGGCCGGUGUCUCUGUGGUUCGGGGGGUCUCUGAGACAUACAGCAGCUCUCUGGACACGGUGCUGAGGCAGAGGGCCCAGGAGCUGCAGCACCUCAGCCAGGACCCGGAGCUACGAGCCCGGGUGUUACCCCGACACACCGGCCUGGAGCCCCUGGAGGUGGAUUCCUCUCUUUCAUUUCUGGAUGGAUUUGUGUCAGAGGCGUUGGCUGCUGGCGCUGCUCCAUACAAGCCUCCGCACCAACGGCAGGAGGAACUAGCUCAGGCCAAAGCGCUGAGCCUGGAGCCAUACGGCCUGUCCCUGCCCCUCAGCAUGUCCUCCUGCAGCAUGACAGACAGACAGUCUCCCAUGCUGCUGUCCAUCAGCUCCGGGCUGUCGGGCAAUAGCAAUGACCUCUCUCACAAAGGAGGCUCCUCUAGUCUGAAGCUGGAUGGUGUGAAGCGGGUUUGGGGGAGGGAGGGCUACCUGGCGCAGAGGGAACCCGCGGAGGAGUCAGCCCACGUGGAGGUCCCCAGUACCCUCCGGUCCCCCAGCCAGCAGGGAGGGGCUGACGGGUCACACAGCCAGACCCCCACCCCCACCCCCGAGCCCGAGCUAGAGAAACAGCAGCUGGCCUCGUCGCUGUUUGUGGGCCUCAGCUCCCACAGCUCUGUGUGUUUGAUGGGGAAAUCUGAGCCGACACCCCAGCGCUUCAGAAGAAAAGCCAGAAGUCCCGCCUCAUCCUCUGGUGCCAGCGAGAACAUAUCCCACUCCCUGGUCUCUCCACCGAUCACCGUGGAUACCCUGAUGUGUAACAACCUCCUGGACUCCCGCAUCACCUCCGAGCCGGACGUCUCUCCUCUGGAACAGACUAACGGCUCCUGUGAUGAAGAGCUGCCUGACAGUGACGUGAAGGGAAGCAGCCCCUCUCUCGUUGGGGAUGACGCUCUGGUUGCAGCUGAUCCGGCUCCACAUGAAGAGCCACCUAAAGACUUGUUGCUCAUUUCUUAUCUUCCUGCUGAACUCUCUGGACUCUCUCACUCAGAAAUCACUCCUCUGAGCUCCGACCAAAGCCUGGACCUCUCCGCCUGUCACGUGCAGAAAGAGGGUGAUUUAGUGCUGGUGGUUUUUAUCUACAACUCCUCUGACUCUGACAUCCAACAGAUUCUACUGGAGCUGGACUCAGAGGAACUUGAGGUGUCCUGUGAGUGUGACGGUGCAGUGGGGGGGGCGAGGGGCCACAGUGUAGCAGUGUGUCAGUACUCCCUGUCUGUGAAGAGACCCUCAGUCCACGUUGAACUGGUCGGGACGGUUUCUUACCAGUUUCCUGUCGGGACGCCUCAGUCGGUGCAGUUCUCGUACAAACUGCCUCUCUCCAGCUUCAUCAGACCUUUGACCCUGUCCACAGAGGAGUACGGGACGAUGUGGCUAGACUUCUCUCACGACACAAAGCAGAACCUGACGCUGAUCAGUGACGACCCUGAACCUCUCGCAGCUUCUCUGAGUGUGCUGAAGAAGAAACUCCAGCUUCAUGUCGUGGAAAUCAUAGGCAUGGAGGGCAUUGUAGCUUGCCGUCUCCUGCAGGAUCAGCCGUGUUUGAUGCACUGCCGCCUGCACGCCGGGACUCUGGCCGUGUGGCUGCGCUCUCCGGUCCCCGACCUGCCCGACUGCCUGAUGUACUUCUGUCAGAGAGCCUUACAGGAGCACUGACCCCCCCCCCCCAACACUGACGAGCAACACAAUCACCAAACACUGAAGAGGAAGUAGACAAUGUAGAUGCAUUUCAUCUUUAUAUGACUGUGUUAACCAUCUGUGUAUCUCUUCCACUACAACUACAACGUUUUGUCCAUGAAGCAUUCAUUUGUAAUCGUUGAACUGGUGUAAUUAUUUACAGAAUUUGAAAGACAUGGCUGGUAAUAAUAACCUCAGGGCCAAGAGAUUGUGUUUUUAAGCUACUUAGGGUGUUUGAUGUUAAAGAAUAACAAUAAUGUCUUAAGAUUUCGACAGGGCUACAUGAUACUUCUAUGGUUGAAACACUGUUAGGGAGGAAAUAAGUAUAGUUUUCUUGGUAUGAAGGGGAAAUCAUGAAUCUCUACAGUACGUGUUGUGCUGCUGGUCUGCAUGCUAAAUACUCAAAUAUCAUGUCCUGCUUUCUGAUUGGUAAAAUGAUUGAUAUAAAAUCUGCUUUAUUUUCUAGGCUAGAACGAUCAUAAAAGUGAUUUGUAAUCAGUGAAAAGAUGUACAGGCGAUACUGAGUGAAGCGCUGACACAAGGACACAUGCAUUGGGUUGCUUGAUGUUGUUUAUAAGGUGUCUUGAGGAGAAGCACAGGAAGGAUCUUUUAGCAGUACCAAAUUAAAUGUAUAUAUUUUUCCUGGUUAGGAAUCAAACCAUGAUAGGAACAUUUUAAGCACUCUAACUCAACCUGCUCAUCCUUAUGGCUGAAGUUUAAACACAAGGAAAAUGUUUACAUGCCUGUUUGUCUCUACGUCUUAAGGACUGCAUUAUGCUGACACUGAAUGCAGCCGUUACACUUGUUUCUUACAUCUAUGAAGAGAGUGUAUUGUCAUAAAAAUUGCAAUGAUCAUUUAACUCUUCCAUGUCCAUAUUGUGCAUUAAUGUGAGGAGCGUUUCAGUUUUCCCUCAUGUUUUGCAGACGCUGCCUUCUGCGUGAUAUGGUGAUCUAUGCAUUCAUGUUUCUGUGGGUUUCGCUGAAAGGUGGAUUUUUAGUGGUCUUUGAUUAUUAUAUUUUUGUAUCAAUGCAGUAUUAAAAACGUAUUUAUUGGAUUUAUAUUCUUACAGAAAAUAUUUUAUAUUAAUUUCUCUGAAAGAAAAAAGUCACAGUGCUCCUUAAUUUGACCGUGCUGUGAGAGAUUUGACUUGUCUCAGCCUGUUUUAGUUUACCCAACCUGAAGGGAAGUUCUUUGUGGCCUGUGUCCUGACUGCAGGCACGGCAUGAAGUUAACGAUGUGUGUGAAACUCAACUCUAACCCAACGCCUUAUGAUCUAAUGCCAGGAGGCGUGUUUGAUUUGUGCCUGUGGUACAGAGGAAAUCAAUGUUGUGCCUGUCACUGCAUUCUGCUAACUUAUGAAUAAAUACACAUGUAAAUAAACUUUGACUCAAUUGUUAUUCAUUCAUUAAAUACACACAUAUUAGCUGGAAGCAAAAAAAAGACAUUAUUACAGUAAAGAAAAUAUUUUCAUAUGAUAAUAAUACUCUGAUGAGAGGUGCACAGGAUAGGAAGUGCCCUUCUACCUAUGUUCUAAAUAACACUUAAAUCAAUCAUGAUUUUUUCCAGGUGUGAUUUCAUUUCCCCAUGAUGUCAAGAAGAAAUCUUGGCAAUUUGUUUUCCUCUCCUGUUUGAAAGACCAAACAUUUCUUUUGAAAACGGUACAGAUAAUCCCUGCAAACCUUCUUUUUGGCCUGUGCUUGAGUCUUAAACAGCAGAGAAAAACAAAACAAGGGUGAGAUUUUAAAAACAGGCCAACAGCGUCUCUGAGCUUCCAAAGAAAACACAGAUGAAUACAAAACACACUAACACAUAUUUACACGACAUAACAACAGUACAUCUGAACAGGUUUGAACUAGGAUUAAUGUGAAAA